GAACACUACACACUUUUUCUUUAACACAACAGGACACAGAUACGCAAAAUGUCCUUAAAACCUAAGAAAGUCGAUUUCAAUGAAAUCUGGACAGAUUUGAAGAGCACGGCCGAGGCUGUUAUCAAAUUGGACAAGGUGGAGAGAAAUGUUUGGAAUACAAGUUUUACAAAUGUUUACAAUUUGUGUGUGGCCCACCCGGAACCAUUUGCCGAUCAGUUGUAUGAAGAGACAAAGCAAUUUCUAAAAGCCCAUGUCGAAAAUAUGAUGGCUACACGGGUGAAUCCACCUGGCGCCGAUGCCACGGGAACGGAACAGCCGGAUCUGCUAAAACGCUACUUCGAUGCCUGGUCGGAAUACAGUAAAGGCAUCAAGGAUUUGCAUAGUUUAUACUCCUAUCUAAAUCUCCAGCAUAUCAAGAAACAAAAAAUAUCAGAUGCCGAUGUGGUCUACGGCAAUCUAACAACGGAGACAAUGGAACAAAUGGAAAUUGGUGAAUUGGGCCUGGAUAUAUGGCGCACCAAAAUGAUUGAACCACUCAAUUAUGACUUGGUCAAACACAUUUUGGAGGGCAUCAAGGCCGAUCGCAUGGGCAACCCUGGCCUAGAUGAUGAACGUGUGAAAAUCAUUAGCGGGGUAAUGCAUAGUUUUGUUGAAGUGCAGCACUACAAUAAGACUGGUUCCCUAAAAAUCUAUCAAUGGUUGUUCGAAUGUCCUUUAUUGCUGGCCAGUGGGGAAUUUUAUGCCACGGAGGCCACAGCUCUGCUGCAAAGGUGUACAGUAAGUCAAUACAUCGAGGAGGUUAUUAAAAUACUCGAUGAUGAAAAUAAAAGGGCCCAGAAGUUAUUACAUGCAAGCUCCAUACCCAAGCUCAUUAAACAAUGUGAAGAGAAAUUCAUUAACGAACGAUUGGAUUUCUUGUAUUCGGAAUGCAAACAAAUGGUCUCCCAGGAAAAUCGCAAAGAUCUACGUAAUUUGUAUAUAAUUCUCAAACCCAUACCGGAUAAUCUUAAGGGUCGCUUGAUACAAACCUUUUUGGAUCACAUCAAAAAUGAAGGCCUCGAAACCAUUUCAACGCUGAAAGGCGAAAACAUACACAUACAAUUUGUCGAGGAUAUGCUAAAGGUGCAUCAAAAAUAUACGCAGCUAAUCGAUGAGGUCUUCGAAAAUGAUCCGUUGUUCUUGAGUGCAUUGGAUAAGGCAUGUGCCAGUGUUAUAAAUCGUCGACCAAGCGAUAAACAACCUUGCCGCAGUGCCGAAUAUGUGGCCAAGUACUGUGAUACUCUGCUCAAAAAAUCUAAAACAUCAGAAGCUGAAAUUGAUCAAAAACUCACCAAUAAUAUUACCAUCUUCAAAUAUAUUGAAGAUAAGGAUGUGUAUCAGAAAUUCUAUAGUCGCCUAUUGGCAAAACGUUUGAUACACGAACAAUCGCAAAGUAUGGAUGCUGAAGAAGCAAUGAUAAAUCGUUUAAAGCAAGCCUGUGGAUACGAAUUUACAAACAAACUGCAUCGCAUGUUUACCGAUAUCUCCCUAUCAGCGGACUUAAAUAAUAAGUUUAAUAAUUAUUUAAAACAGGAAAAUAUUGAUUUAGGUAUAAAUUUAUCCAUAAAAGUCUUGCAAGCCGGCGCAUGGCCAUUGGGUCCAACACAGGUUGUUAUACCAUUUGCAGUUCCCCAGGAGUUCGAAAAGGCCAUACGAUCGUUUGAAAAAUUCUAUCAUAAUUCCUUUAGUGGACGUAAACUUACCUGGUUGCAUCAUAUGUGCCAUGGCGAACUUAAACUAGGUUACUUAAAAAAAACGUAUAUUGUGACCAUGCAAACGUAUCAAAUGGCAAUGCUAUUACUAUUUGAGUCCUGUGAUUCGAUGACCUGCAAAGAAAUACAAACCACAUUGCAGCUGAAUGCCGAAACCUUCCAGAAACAUAUGCAGUCACUAUUGGAAUCGAAAAUCUUAGUGGCCAGCAGUGAAAAUCUCGAAGACAAUACAAAAAUCGAAUUGAAUUUAGACUAUACAAAUAAGCGUACCAAGUUUAAGAUAACAUCGGCAUUGCAAAAAGAAACACCACAGGAGGUCGAACACACAAUCAAUGCUGUGGACGAAGAUCGUAAACUGUAUCUUCAGGCUGCCAUAGUACGCAUUAUGAAAUCUCGUAAAGUUCUUAAGCACAAUGCUUUGAUACAAGAGAUUUUAUCUCAAUCCAAUGUUAGUUUUACACCCAGCAUCACAAUUAUAAAGAAAUGUAUUGAAUCAUUGAUUGAUAAACAGUAUAUAGAGCGUACACCCAAUUCAGGCGAUGAAUACAGUUAUGUAGCCUAA